AUGAUGUUACGACCAGCUAUUAUCUUAGUUUUAACUUUAUCAUAUGUUGGUGCAUCUGACAAUGAGGGGUGCACACGAAAUGUACAUCCCAUUGAUCGAAAGUAUUUCUAUAUUGGAGGUGAAUAUGUAUUCGAUAUGGCAACCAAUAGAUCUCUUAUGAGUGGACAGAUGUAUGUGGAACAUCUAAGUCCGUCUUAUGGCAUUCAGCAACCGUAUCCAUUAGUUUUAAUUCAUGGAAAAGGUAUGACUGGAACCAAUUGGCUUAAUACUCCGGACGACCGACCAGGCUGGGCAAUGUAUUUUCUCGAACAAGGAUAUGAAAUUUACAUUGUUGAUCAACCAGCACGCGGUCGAUCUACAUGGCUAUUGAAUGAUAUGAUUGAAGUGAACAUGUUUUCCGCUGAGAUGAUCGAAGAACGCUUUACAGCAUGUAGUUUUUAUAAACAAUGGCCACAAGCAAGUGUGCAUACACAAUGGCCUGGCGAUAAUAACCUUACUAAAGGUCGAAUGGGUGAUCCAAUAUUCGAUGCUUUCUAUGCGUCAACUGUUCAAUUUAUUGUUAAUGAAACCAUCACUCAAACACUGAUCCAAAAAGCUGGUGCAGCUCUAUUAGAUAAAAUUGGUUCAGCUAUUCUACUGACUCAUUCGCAGAGUGGCAGUUUCGGAUGGGUGAUUGCCGAUGCACGACCGCAUCUUGUCAAAGCUAUCGUUGCUAUUGAACCAAAAGGGCCACCUUUCCAAGAAGCUGUUUUCUCAAAUAAAUCCGCUCGUUCUUGGGGAAUAGCUGAUAUUCCUCUAACGUACGAGCCUGCUAUUAGUUCAUCAAUUGAUCUACUUACCAAAGAAGUUCUAUCCACACAUGACAAUUUAACAUCAUGCAUUCUUCAAAACGAGCCUAUUCACACUCUUAUUGAUCUGAUCGAUAUUCCUGUUUUGAUCGAAACUUCUCAAGCAUCGUAUCAUGCCACUUAUGAUCAUUGUACAGUGGAGUUCCUACGGCAGGCAGGUGUUCAUGUUGACUUCAUUCGUCUUGAAGAGUUAGGAAUCUAUGGAAAUGGUCAUAUGCAAAUGAUGGAAAAGAAUAAUCUUCAAAUAGCUGAAGUUCUUCAUCAAUGGAUUCGCAAAACUGUACAUUGA